GCACUCAAUGUCAAACAAAACAGCGUGUCGUUUCUUCACGCCUAAAAAAACAUCUUCCAUUUUAUCUGCUUCUCAAUAAAGAGGGAGUUGGGGAGUGAUCUUUAUCCGCCGGCGAACCGUCGCAAUACCCUCUUUUCUUUUCGCCGGAAAUCAAGACAAGUUAAGAUAGACAGGUACUUCUUGUGGCAAGCUCUCAUCUGUAGGCAAAAAAACGGGAAGAUGGAGGCAAAAUUCUUUAGGUUCUUGAAGAUUGUUGGAGUUGGAUACAAAGCCAGAGCUGAGGAAGCAGGGCGUUUCUUAUACCUUAAGCUGGGUUACAGUCACGAAGUCGAACUCGCGGUUCCUCCUGCUGUUCGUGUCUUCUGUUUCAAGAACAAUGUGGUUUGCUGCACUGGAAUCGACAAGGACAGGGUGCACCAGUUUGCUGCCACAGUCAGGAGUUGCAAACCUCCUGAAGUUUACAAGGGAAAAGGCAUCAUGUAUGUCGACGAAGUUGUUAAGAAGAAGGUUGGAAAGAAGUCGAAAUGAUCUUUCCUUCUUUUUCUAUGCUUAUUACCAUUCUCCUUUACGGAGAAUUUUGGUGAUAGAUUUGGAAUUUGCUUAUCAGUAAUAAGUUGUACUUGGAUGUAUGAAACAUCAUUUUUGUUGUUAAGUCACUUUGAAUCAAACAAGAUUAGAAGAUUUUGUCUUCAAACGUAUAUGUAUGUUUGUAGAAUCA